AUGACGACGUCAUCAGUGAACUCCAUAAUGAUCGGAAUAGCAAUUUGUGAUUUUUUGAGUAUGGCCAACAUAAUUCGAGUGGAAUUUGAAACUAUCGACCCAAUGGGAACUGAAUGUACUCCUCCACCUUCAUUAUCUCGAGUUAACUUCGACUGGUUCUUGACUUCUAUUCACAAUGGAUUACGCAGAUGUUCGUCUUGGCUUGGUGUUCUUAUAGCGUUGGUGAGAUAUUUGGUUAUCAAACACGUUCUGAACUAUCGGAUUGCACAACCUCGAUUUGGUUUCAUUUUGACAUUUAUCUCGUUUUUUCUCAGCUGCUUCUUCUCCGUUCUUUUUUAUUCCCAAUUUCAUUUUGAUCAAAUUUCAACAUGGCAUCCAAACCCUUCAUGCACUGAAUAUUCUAGUGAGUGGAGUGAACCAGUUUAUGGUCAACUCUGCAACAAAUUAUAUGAAAUGCAAGAAGGAUUGUUUCAUAGAAUUCAAUUGGUUGUCGAAGCUGUAAUUGGGAAGCUAAUCCCGUGCGUACUUCUUCCCAUUCUCACAGGACUUCUUAUUUGUAAUCUGAAAACGUUCAAUAAAAAUAUUGGAACAGAAGUUUUUGCGGAUGUGAGACAUAUAAGAGCUCAUCAAAAUGAACGUAUCACUUCUGUUGUUAUUUUUAUCGCCAUAACAUAUAUUAUCACUGAAUUACCACUUGGCAUCGUAUACAUUGUCGAUGCAAUAUGGCAUAAUGAUUCGAAUCUUCAGUGGAUUUUUUUUUUGAUUUAUGAAUAG